AUGCCAGAAAUAGGGCCAAUGAUGCGAGCGCUCGAAUUACAGCGGCUGAUCGAAGACAAAGUGUCGGAAUGGCGAGAGAGGUCAGCGCGGGUCGCCGGCGUAAGCGUCGCCGACUCUUAUCAGCCACCACUCCACUUCAAGAGACACACUAACAGGCGCAAAAACAGCACAGAAAUAAACAGAAUAAUCGCAAAAUACUCAAAAACAUACAACAAGUCGAACGAGAAACACAACGUGCUGCAGCAGACCUCUGAGCAGCCACCAAAGCGACCUGCCAGACAAAAAAAGAUUUUCGAUAAAUUAAAAUCAUCGAAAAGUGAAGAUAAUCUUGCUAACAUGGAAACAAUGGAGAUACAUCCCGAACCUAGAACUAGAAUUAAAUCAGAGCCACGAUUCAGUUUAAAGAAAUACAAUGCCAAGAGUUGCGAGGAUAUUACUGCAUUUAUUGACUUCGACCACUCAGUGAAAAGUAAAAAUUUUCAAGAAAAUAGUAUAAUUAAUGCUAAAAAAGUAACAACAGCUAGACCGAAAUUGCAUAGUAUCUGUGAAGAUAUUUUAGAUAUUUCUGAUUUUAAAGACGGUGGUGUAGAGUUAAGACAUAAAACAAACUUUGCUACUUCAACUCCAUUAUCUAACAGAAGGACAUGCCCGUCCAGUGAUACGGUAUCUAUGAUCAGUUUUGAAAAGUGUGAUAAAUAUUCGAUUAGUGAAAGUGAAAAAUUAAGAAAAGGUAUUUCAGAGCCAGACAUGUUAAGAAGUGACGAUUCCCAUUUAGAAUCAGUGGAACAAACUGGUGAUUCAAAAAGUGUAGACGGUAAGAAAGGGUGGAAAAUAUUAAAACCACACUUUCGGAAGGGAACAUUUGACUGUAUACUUCGAUGGCGUGGGAAAAAGCCGCAGCCUACGCAAACCAAGUAA